AUGCGUCCUGACUGGUCUAUCUCUGUUCUUUCGACCCCGCUGACGUCGACCCCGCACGAUACGCGACGCUUACGGUGCUUGCAAGGCUCAUGUGACUUUGAGAAGCUGCAGGCGAGACCCAAAGUCCACGAACGGCUGCCGAAGUGGGCACAGCGCGUGCCUGCUCUGCAGGAGCGGAUAUUCAUCCCGGACUCGCAGGGAAACACCCCGGUGGAAGGGGACGAAGAUAUUAGCGAAGAGUUUCGAGAGAUGAACAUCGUCGUCAGGAUGCCUCAUAUCUAUUUUAUCUAA